UUCGCAUAUUUCAAAUUUUCACAGCGCUUAGAUCUAUGCAAUCCACGCUCAGUUUCACAGACAGAAAGAAGACGAAGAAGAAAACUCGCAAACACAAUGUCUGCCAUUGACGGAGGUUUCGAUCUUCGGCCGUCUUCUCAGUCUUCUUCCACAAUCGAUGAGUACACCUUUGCCGAUGCGGGGAAUUUGGAGCACUGCGCCAAGUAUUUGAACCAGUCUCUUGUUACGUUUGGGUUUCCAGCUUCUCUGGAUCUUUUCGCGAAUGACCCUGUUUCCAUUGCACGGACUUGCAAUUGCAUACACUUCUUGCUACAGCAGAGACAGCGGGAUAUCGAAUUUAGAGAGUCUGCUAAUGAACAAAGACAACGACUACUAUCUGACAUAUCAAGAUUGGAAGCCAAAGUUGAGAGGCUUGAAGGACAACUACAAUCUAAAGACAGGGAGAUUGCGACAAUUACUAGAACAGAAGCUAAAAACACUGCUGCUCUCAAGGCUCAAAUUGAGAAGCUUCAACAGGAGCGAGAUGAAUUUCAAAGAAUGGUUAUUGGUAAUCAGCAAGUAAGGACUCAACAAAUGCAUGAGAUGAAGAAGAAGGAAAAGGAAUACAUUAAGUUGCAGGAGAGGCUAAAUCAAGUAUUGAUGGAGAAGAAAAAGGAAUCUAGGUCAGGCAUGGAAAUAAUGAAUUUGCUUCAGAAAGAAGGGCGGCAACGUGGAACAUGGAAUGGGAAGAAGACAGACAAUGACUUCUAUAAAAAGAUUGUAGAUGCUUAUGAGGCAAAAAAUCAAGAACUGAUAGCAGAGAAUGCUGAUUUACGGGCAUUAUUGAGAUCAAUGCAGAUGGACAUGCGUGAUUUUAUUAAUGCUCCCAAUGGGCAAUCAAAGCAAUCUGUCAAUGAUAAUGAAAGAGCUGAAAGUGAUCCUUCACAAUCUCCAUUGGUUGGGAGGACGGAUGUAUUUGAUCUCCCUUUUCACAUGGCUAGAGAUCAAAUAGAAGAAAGCCUUCGAGCCAAGAUGGCUUCCAUAAAGGAGCGGAUGGUACAAUUGCAAGAUGCUCAGAAAGGAGCUGAAGUUACCUCAGAAGCGACUGAGAGAGAACUUGAGCUUGAAGCUCAGCUUGUUGAAGCAAGGAGCAUCAUACAGGAGCAGGCGUCCAUAAUGUCCAAACAUCUUGCGAAGUCUGAGAGGCCAAGGGAAUCUGUCAUCCCAUCACCAGCUGAGGCAGUUUAACUAUGGAUGCUGAGGGCACCCUGAUAUCUAGUCCUUCUUCGUCACUGCUGAAGCUGAUACAUGUGACUAGGCCUUACUUAUGUUGUAUUGUCAAUGUAAUUAGCAUAGCCUAUCAUAAUCUACAUCAAGUCUAUGACAUGAAAACAUGGACUUGUCCGGUAGAUUUAAAUGGAUCUUCACGAUUUAUUAACUCGGUGUAUAUUUAUUAAAUCAAUAUAUUUAUCAACAUAACAUUCAUGACAUGUUAUAUACUAAAUUUCAUGAACUAUGAAAUUUGUGGUAUGGCAA